GUCAUGUUUCGUCUCUAUGAUUCGGAUGAGAACGGUCUCCUGGAUCAAGCGGAGAUGGACCGAAUUGUCAACCAGAUGCUUCACAUUGCCCAGUAUCUGGAGUGGGAUCCCACGGAGCUGAGACCUAUACUGAAGGAGAUGUUGCAGGGGAUGGACUAUGACCGGGACGGCUUUGUGUCUCUAGAGGAAUGGGUCCAUGGAGGGAUGACCACCAUCCCACUGCUGGUCCUGCUGGGCAUGGACGACUCUGGCUCCAAGGGGGACGGGAGGCAUGCCUGGACCAUGAAGCACUUCAAGAAGCCCACCUACUGCAACUUCUGCCACGUCAUGCUGAUGGGCGUUCGGAAGCAAGGACUGUGCUGUGUUU